AAAUUGUAUUUUGUAGGUUUUUGUUUAUUUUUUGGAGAAGUAUUUUGCUAUUUUGAAUAGUCUGUUAGUCUGUAUUGUUUUUAAAAUGGUGCUAUUAAAUACUGGUUCGCCUGAUCCAGAUCAUCCUAACGAAGAUUUAAGAGUAUCUAAUGAAGAUGUUCUGGUUAUAACAGACGAUGAUUCUGAUCAAGAAUUAGAUACAGAAAAUUUAGAUCCUUCAAUGUUGCAGUAUGGUCAUUAUCAGCUUUUGCCAACAUUUCCUCAGCCUUUGCCAACAUUUGCUAAUGAGGCAUUAGAUAUUGAUUAUUCGGAUGAAGACGCAGAUAAUGGUGAUGAAACACACAAUGAAGUAAGUAACGCACCAAAUAAUUUACCAGAAAUUCCAGUACCUCCUGUAACUACAAUCGAAACAACUCUACUUAAAGAAGUAUGGUCUGCAUCUUCAUCAAGAAGCUGUGAUAUUGAAAUGGAUAGCAAAAAAGUGGAUGAAGUAAAACAAGCAAUGUCGAACAUAGUUCUUCCUCCUAGUGCAAUUCCCGAUUGGGCUGCAGAUAUUCCUGAAGAAGAGUGGAAACAACAGUUAAUUAAGAGGUUAGAAAAUAUCGGUUGAAGAGAACAAACACAUCAUACUACUAUUGGUAAUAUAUUAUAUAAAUUAUAUAUGUUAUAUUUAUUGUUAGAUUCAAAAUGUGCAAUUCGCCACCAUUCGAUGAUGCAUUUAGGUAAUAAACUUCAUGUAUUCACUAUAAUAUAAAUAAAUAUUUUUAAACGGA